GGAUAGCUCACACUACAUCAGAAGCUAUUAUGCACAUCAAAAAUAUUCUCAAAACAUUUUCACAAAAAGGUGUGGAUCACUGGCCAAAAUCCAAAGUAGUCAUCCAAGCACUGAAUAGUUGAAGACAGGACCUCAUACUACCUUCAAUUCCUCGCUCUGCUCACACCUAUAUACUUGCUACUGUUAUUGCUAAUGAUUUGCUUGCACAUGACAUAAGCAUAGUAAAAGAAUAAAAGAGGGUCAACUCAUAGUUGAGUGAGAAAAAUCCAACCUUCUUCUUCCUUCUCAUAACCCUAGCUCUCAAAGCUUCUCUAUAUUGUAUCAAAGCUGGAACAAAUCCAGUGACCUCGAUGAUAACAACUCCACCACCUCGAUCUACUCAUGGAAUUCCCUUGAGUGCUAGUGCCAUACAAUUUCGUACUCAUGAAUUGCAAUCAAGCAAAAUCAACAACAACAACAACAACAACAAAAAAACAACAAAUAGGCGUCAAGAAAUGUUGUUUGGUAACCAUAUAGUAUAGAGUACCAGAUGUGGCAGCGAGCAAUUAGAAUGACUUUGAUAACUAAACAUAAGAUUGGGUUUAUCAAUGGAUCCAUCCCUAUUGCAGAUCUCAGUGACCCUAAUUAUGGUUCGUGGGAUGCUUGUUGCACUCUUUUUUGUGUUGGAUUCUGAACUCCAUUGAGAAGAGAUAAGGAGAAGUGGGAUGCAACAUGAGAAUGUCUAACUCUUCGGGAAUAGUUGAAGAAAAGGUUUGUGAUAAAACCAUAACACAAGCAUACACAUUGGUGUUAAAAUACUUUUUUUGAAUUCUAACUUGAAAAAAGAGGUAUACCCAUUAAAUUUAUUUGAUCAACAUGCAACCAAGUUUUGUUACCGAACAAAUCCGCUAACAUUUACUUCUUGACUACACUAUUAACAUGCUAGGACGAUUUUAGCAGACAAAAGAAAAUAGUUAUGAAUUUUCCUUAUCUCCCUUAUUUUUACAUUAAUAUCUUGCCUUUUUUUUCAUUCUCCAUCUAUUUCGUCUUGUUAUAAUUCUUCAUCUUUUCUGUAAGCAAUUAUGAUGUUGUCUUAUGUCCUUCUACUUUUUAUGCCAAUAUAUCUAUUGAGGCGUUGAAUAUGACAAGUAAUAUUUAUUAUAAAUAGCAAAGCCACAUACAAAGACUAUCAUACAACUGAGGACACAAAACUAAUAUAUAUCCUUCUUGUUAAGGUUUCCAUAGAUAUGGCCAAGUCUUCUAUACUAUGCUUCUUGUUCUUUCUUCUGUUUAUCGUCUCAUUAGGUGGACACAAAAUGGUAGCGGAAGCUAAAAAUUGCUUAAUGACUUGGGAUUGCAGCACCGUGCAGCGCUGCUGGGAUGACUGCAAGAGCCGCUACAGCGGGAAAGGACUUUGUGACCUUAUCCCUACUCCUUUUGUGCCUAAGUAGUGCCUUUGCUCUUAUAAAUGUUGAGUGCGAAGAAAGAAUAUAAAUUAUGAAUAAGUAUUAUUAAUAUGAAAUAUCAUAUUAGUCCAUGAAUCAAACCAUACCAACCAUCCAUAUACUGGAGAAGUUACUUUGAACCCCUAGCUCCCUGGUACCCAUUUAUCAUGCCAAAUAUCCACUUUUUCCCCAUUCCCAAUCCGCCAUCUGAUUUCUCUCUUAACUAACUUUUGUGCAGCCAUGAUUCUCCUCCAAGCAUAACUAGGGAUGUAUCCCAUGUCUGCUUCAGUGAUCUCUCUUCCCGAGUGAUAUUCUGCUCUCAUAAGCUUUUUCACUAGAGAUUUUGGCCUUUUUAUCAGUCUCCAUAGUUGUUUUCCAAAUAGAGCCAAAUUAAAACUAUGUAGAUUACGAAAACCAAGACCCUCCUGCUUCUUUGGUCGACACAACUCCUCCCACCAAAGCCAAUGAGUUUUAUGUUCUUCCUUUUGUUGCCCCCCAACAGAAAUUUGAGAUGACCUGCUGAACUUCCUUCAACACCCCUGCCGGAAUCAUAAAUAUCGACACAGCAUAAGUUAAUUGUGCUUGGACCACUGACUUUAUCAUCACCCCCUUUCCUACUAUAGAUAGAAGUUUACUUUUCCAAAUUUUGACCUUACUUCUCACCCUAUCCACCAAAUAGUCGAAAACCGCCUUCUUUCCUCUUCAAAACUUUAUUGGCAGUACCAAAUAUGUUUCAUGAUGUUCAACAACCUUCAUUCCCAAGCCUCCUGCCAACAUAUCUCUUGCUUCCUUUCAGAUAUUUGGAUUGAAAGACAACUCUGACUUUACUAAGUUGACCUUUUGACCCGUCUCUGCCUCUUAUAGGCCUAAAAUUUGCUUCAAUUGUACACACUCUUGGUUGGUUGCUUUAGUGAACAAGAUACUUCAUACUUCCAUCCUCAAAUAGCAUAGGAGAUAUAUUUGGUACUCCCCUUCUUAGCAAUGCAGUCAAAAGCGCGAUUCUACCUAGAAGCGGAAAAGGGUUAAAAUCGUAAAGCGUAAAAGCGUAAGUUUUUGACGCAUACUGAAAAAAUAACUAAAAAUGUAUUAAGUAGGACAUAUGCUAUGCAAAAUAUGAAUGCACAUAAUUUAGAUAAGUCAAUAAAUACAUGCCAUUCAUGCCUAAAGUAGAACAAUUUAUAGCAUCUUAAUAAUAAGUUUGUAAACAUAAAUUUUGACAAUAAGCCACUUUUCCCACUACACUAAUGAAUUUGGGAAAAGCCUAACAGGUGAAUUAGAUUACUCUAUCGAAGUUGAGAAUGCAUCCAAGUACCUUAUAUGUAUCUUUUAAUCUCAAAUGUAUCAUAUUGUUGGUGAUUUACUUUUAAAAUAUACUUUUCAUAAUUAAUUUCAUGAAAAGAAUACUCAUUUAGUGAACUAAAAGCGUAAAAACGUAAAGCGUUUUGGAGAACUAGAAGCGUAAAACCGUAAGCUUUUAAGCUUCAAAGCGCAAUUUAGUCUGAUUUUAUACACUUAAGUUUUUAUAUGGAAAGGAAAGCGUUUUGGUGACCUAAAAGCGUAAAAUCUUAAGUUUUUAAGUUUUAAAACGCGAUUUUGACUUCAUUGCUUCUUAGCUGAAUCUCACUUAUCUUCCAUUUGCAUUUUGCAUAGCACGAUUGCUCAUUUUGAGUAUAUUUUUUUAGUUAGUGUAUGGUUUUGAGAUUUGUGGCUUGGGAAAUGCGGAUUGCUUUAUAUUUAGUGCAUGUUUCAUAUUGAUUCUGAUAUGAUUUAUAUGGUUUCCAGUUUGUUUUAGUAAAUUUUUGGUCUGUUUUAAUAUAUUUGUUUUAUGUUUGAUGAGAUUUCUGGUAUACUUGGUAUGCUUUAUGAGAGUUUUAAUAUGUUUUAAAAAACUUGUGGUCUGUUUUAUAAGGUUUAUGGUAUGCUUCAAUGAAAUUGUGAUAUAUUU